CCUUCGAGACGCUCGGUCGUGGUUCCACGUAUGGUCCCUCCCGUCGGAGUGAAGGGGCACGUUGUUUUGUAAAAGACACUACCGGAAGUGUGUGGGUGUGUGUGCCCCGUACUUGUUUGCGCGAUUACAACGAUCAACGGAAGCUAGCAGCGUGAUCAUUGGACGAUGAACUAUUUUUAAGAUCAUUGAUUCGUAAAAAGUGUUAAUACAAUUCAUAAAAAUAGAAUAAUAUUGAGCAGUAAAAAUUGCAGCGAAAUCGAUUCACUAAUGUUGUGACAUGAGAAUAUACCAUGUUUGGUGCAAGUGAUAUCUACAUUGAUUCUAAGUGAAAAAAAACUUGGCUUGUGAUCAUCAUGUCCUCGUGACGGAACAACUUUGACGGAAAGUUAAAUUUACCAAGCCACCUCGAAAGGAAGAAUGCUAACAAAGUUAAAACUGUGGCAAAGAAAUUGUGACUAAAAAUCUCAUCGUGCAACAAACCCCUUAAAAUAUCAGCAAUAACCGCGAAACCACUGCUCUCGUGAAGCAAAAGUAGCAGAAGAAGAGGCAGCAACGCCAACGACCUCCUUGCGAUGGAUUACAUAAAGGAGUUGGAUAUUCGACUUGAUAAGGAGUACUACUACGCGGGGGAGGUCCUCUCGGGAAAGGUGAUGAUGCACACAACCGAGAACUUCAAGCUCAAAUCCAUUCGUCUGCUACUGCGAGGAAAGGCUCACAUUGAGUGGAAGGUGUUUGUUUCCGGGGAUAAGCGAACGGUGAAGGACGACCAGCUGUACAUCGACGAGCGGGCCGUCAUCUGGGGCGAACGGGCCGGCGAGGGGCUGGACGUUACGGUGCCGGUGCUAAUCCGCGGUCAGCACCAGUUCCCCUUCCGGUUCAACAUUCCGGAAACGAACCUGCCCUGCAGCUUCGAGUCACGUGCCUGCUACAUUCGUUACUUUGUCAAGGUUACGAUUGACAUUCCCUACGCUUCGCCACCACAAGGAAUCAAGUAUUUCACCAUCGUGGGACCACACAUCGACUGCAUGGACGAGCAGUAUCUGAAGCCGAUCUCAAGCCAGGAUAAAAAAGUGAGAUGUUGUCUGUGCUGUGCCAAAGGACCUGUCACACUGAGUUGCUCCCUGGACCGGACGGCCUUCUGCUGCGGCGAAACGCUCAAACUCAAGUACGUCGUGGACAACCAGGGCGAGGAGACAGUCAAGCUGCGUGUCCGGCUGGUGCAAUUCUGUGAAUUCUUCGUCGAGCGGGGCGUUCUCGGCGUGACGAAAGAGGUCCAACAUCUGGUGCUGGAGUCCAAGGGCGAUCCGGUGCCGCCCCGGGACCACCAGGACACCUGCGCCAGCCUACGCAUCCCGACGGUGCCCACGACGUUGAUGGGCGUCAGUCGGUUGGUGCAGAUUUACUACACGCUUACGGCAUACUUGGAAUUUGAGAAAUCCGGAGACGAUUUGCACAUCAACUUCCCCAUCACAAUUGGCACCGUCCCGUUCCGAAUACCGAACAGUAAUCUUCAACCGCGCAUAGGAUACGAACCCGCCGUCGACCACGUGGAGGGUGGCAUCUACAUCGGGCCGGAGUUCCUGCUGGGCGAGGUGUACGACGGCUGCAACGUCAGCGACAACGAGCACCGCGACCUGGCCCCGCUGUACCGGCCGGUGUACCUGACGGUGGUACGCAGCUCGCAGCAGAUUUCCGCCCGGGCAGUGGGCCGCAACAAUCGCAAAAAGUCCUCCAUCUGUGACGUGGAAAUUGCCGAAAUUCACCGGAAAUGAAACGGCCGUGGGGUGGUGGGAGGGGAAAUGGGAACAACAGCCUGCCGGAACUAGCUUGCAGUAGCAGUGCACUUACACACCUCUUACAAGUACAUCUUGUUGUCACGCCAUCCGUCUCCAUCGGAAGGGAACACCUGCUGAGGUACUGAUAGUGUUGUAACAACAGCCCAUAAACAUUAGUUUGAUUGCCGUUGUCCUUUGUGAUAUUGAAAUAUCUUGUGAGGUUUUUUUUUUGUUAUUGCAAUGCCUUUGAAUUCUCUUGUGCUAAGCAUAAUAAUCCAGAUGACCAAUUCCAUUGGAAGAUUGUAAGAUUUUUGGCAAAUAAUUUAGAAUCAAAUCAAACAUUUUUUUGUUUCAUGAAGACACUUUGCGUUUAGUACAAAACAGGGGGUAGCGAAGAAGCCGCCAUCUUGGAAGUUCAGAUAACAGACACUGAGAAUCAGUAUUAUUCAUAUUACUUUGGUAACACGAAGUAUGUCAUCCUGGUUAAACUCAAAAGUUCCAUGCAAA